AUGGUUAUUGGCGCAUUGAGAUUUCAAGCCGCUCUCUUGAUUGAACUUGUCGAUCAAAAGUCAAUGACAGCGAUAGAAAGGGCAGAAGUUAUUGAAAGCAUUUGGCCUGCUAUAGAAAAUGCUAAUUUGACAUGUCCAGCACACGCCAGAAUUGCAAAAUCUCAUGUUCUUUUCACGGAACCAGGGCGUCCUAUUCUUAUGUCGGCGAGAGGAACUAUACAACGAAGUCCCACAUCACGAGAAUAUGCUUCUGAGAUAGAGAAGUUAUAUGGCGAUGCUGAUAAGAUGUCUGCAUACAGUGCAGAUGUUGAGGCAGUGUAUAAACUCUUACAUCUAGCUGUUCUUAAGGUCACCAAAUGGGAUGAGGUCAAAAUACAAGAUGAAGAUGAUUCGUUCGUUCAAGGAGUGGAUUUUCUGCAGGCGUUGCAACUCAUUCGACAUCUAAAAAAGGCUCUAAACAAGCCCGAUCUCGCAAUCUCUAUCUUGUACGCCAAUCCUUCUAUUGCUCAGUUACUAUAUUCGAUUGUUACUACGUCUAAGGAUGAGCCGAACAUAAAUAUAUUGAAUGCGUCGAAUCGCCAUCGUGAGAUUGAGGAAACUCUCCAACGAUACAUUCAACUUGUUGACAGAAUCUCUAGUAAGCAUGAGUUUGGGAAAAAGUUAUCCACAGUCAAUGAACACGUAGUCAUUUUGACGGGCUCAACUGGUUCUCUUGGAUCAUACAUCCUAAGGACAUUGAUGCAAGAUAAAUCCGUAUCACAUAUUUAUUGUUCAGAUCGAACGUCCUCUGCCCGUUCCCGCCGUCAAGAAAAGUAUAAGAACAACAACGAAUCCACAGAUUUCUCAACCUCUAAAGUUACGUACCUCAAGAUAGAUCUCUCUAAAUCCGGUUUGGAAGUCGAUAACGAAACAUGCAAACGAAUUCAAAGUUCUGCAGCAGAUAUCAUCCACAGUGCUUGGCCAGUAAACUUCAACCUCUCUCUUGAAACACAUAAGCCACAACUUGACGGGAUUAUCAAUCUUCUAUCUUUCGUCUCCACAAUUCCACAUCAUGUCUCUCUUCUGUUCUUAUCAUCCAUCAGUUCUAUAUUAGGUCUCGAAUCAACAUCCAUACCCGAGAUGAUUAUCGACGAUACAUCGGCACCCCUCCCAAUGGGCUACGCAAAGAGUAAAUUCAUCUCCGAAUGUAUUCUCGACCACGCUGCUAGGGGAAUUAUCUAUCGACAUCAAGGUUGCUCGUGUCCUGCUUACACAUCUGGUGUGUGGAAUAGAUCUGAGUGGAUGCCGAGUCUAGUGAUUACUUCUUACAAUACAGGAUUUUUACCAGAGAACCUUGGUAUUGAUCUCUUACUCAACACAGAUCUCAAAGCUUCCGAAUUGGGUGCUAGUAUAUUCCAUCCGCUGAAUCAAACUCCUACGACGUGGAAUACUAUACUCCACGUCAUUUUGAAUACCUUGAAUUCUUUGAAUCCCAAAGUCACUCUUGCAACAAUCUCUUACACAGUCUGGCUUCGGAAAUUGAAAGAUACGACGAGAAAAAUUGUAUCUGGUACUACGCAGUUGGAAGAGAUAUUGGAAAAGUAUCUAGCGAUUAAACUGCUUGAAUUUUCUGAGACGUUGCCGGAGACGAAAUGGUCGGAUAAAGAUGUGGAGAAGGCGAUAGAAUAG